UUUGAGCACAUUAUCAGGGUUCUGUUUCUGAUAAACAUUGAAAUAUUGAGCAGGAAUUCAUCUUUCGUUGGCCACAUCGGAGUUGCAAAGUACCAUUGACUAUUUAGGUUAAUCGCAGUAGCAGGCUGCUGUGCCGGGUUUUGCAGACAGUGGUUGUUCUGCGAAAAGCGGGUGCUAUUGCUGUGACAGCGUUUUUCGAUUGUGCUUGCUUAGCAUAUAAUCGAUGCAUUUGGUUUCAUUAUUUCACAAUUGAAGCGGUAUAAUGGCGGACAGACGUGAUCCGCUCGGAAGAGAUCGCAUUCGCGGAUCGUUGAGUUCGAAUUCUCCACGACCGGCAUUUGACGGUGCACGGGGAGGGCCACCACCACCAAUCCGGGUUGGCGUCCCGCCACAAAUGCCAACCUAUCAAACGCCGGAGCGACGACCCUGGACACAGGCACCACAUUCAUUUCCAGGGGAUCCUCCUGGCCAAAGCGCCCCAAGCACCUCAUCCGCACCAGCUCCCAUCCCGGGGCCAUCAUCUUUUAGUGGCCAACCACCGCAGCCUGGCAGCAGCGGAUUGGGUCGUUCGGUGAGUCGUCCCCCGCGCGCCCGACGUCCUUUAGCCGAUACGCUCCGUACGCGUGGCCCCGAUGCACCCUCGAAACAUGGCACCACCGGCCAGCCAUUACAAUUGCAAUCGAACUACUUCAAACUGUUGAAGCGCGUCGAAUGGACGCUUUAUCAGUAUCAGGUUGAGUUUGUACCGCCAUGUGCGAGCCCCCGGCUAAUGCAAUCGCUCGUAGCCGAGCACAAGCGGAUUCUGGGCGGAUUUGUCUUUGACGGCGUUCAACUAUUUUGUGCCAGUAAACUAUCGAACGAUGAACUGGUGCUGCAUUCGCAGCACGAUAGAACCGGCGAUAAGUACGAGCUGCACGUAACUCGUGUCGCCGUGGUCGACAUGACGGACGAAACGGGCAUCCAGGUGCUGAACCUUAUUUUGCGCCGAGCGAUGAACGGCCUGAAUCUCCAGCUGGUCGGCCGAAAUUUGUACGAUGCGGCAGCGAAAAUUCCGAUCCGCGAGUACCAUAUCGAGCUGUGGCCUGGUUACAUUACCAGUAUCAGGCAGCACGAAAACGAUGUCAUGGUUUGUUGUGAAAUAGCCCACAAGACGAUGCGCAUGCAGACGUGCUAUGAUAUUUUGCGCGAAUGUCAACGGCACGAUCGAAACUACAAGGAUGCUUUCCGGAAGGCCGUGUUGGGCUGUGUGGUACUUACCGGCUACAACAACAAAACAUAUACCAUCCACGAUAUCACCUUCGACACGACACCGGAAAGUACGUUCGACACCAAGAACGGCAAGAUAUCGUUCCUAGACUACUACAAGAACAAGUACAACCUGCGCAUUCGGGACGCCUACCAGCCUAUGCUGCUUUCCCGAGCCAAAAAGAAGGACGCGCGGUCCGGCGACAGCGAAUUGAUGGCAUUGGUUCCCGAACUAUGUCAGAUGACUGGACUGACUGAUUCCAUGCGGUCCGAUUUUAAGAUGAUGAGAGCGAUGGCCGACCACACACGGUUGAAUCCGGAUAGGCGUAUCGAGCGUCUGGAGACAUUCAACCGACGCCUACAAACGUCACCCGAAAGCCAGGAUGUGUUCAAAGUGUGGCAAAUGGAGCUUGAUCGCAGGCUGGUGGACUUACCGGGAAGAUUGUUGCCUCAGGAAAUGAUUUUCUUUUCCACCACCUCAAAUGGUGUUCAGGCGGGAGAGAAUGCUGACUGGACAGCACACUUCCGCGACAACCCCAUGUUUGCCACGGUGCGCUUGAGCCGAUGGUACCUUGUCGUCCCUAUCCGAUGCCAGCGAGAGGCAAACGAUUUCCUCAGUUGCAUGAUAACGGCAGCGCGGGGAAUGCGAUUUGAGAUUAGCAACUGCGAGAUUGUCCACAUGGCAGACGAUAGUCCGAAUACCUACGUCCGCACGCUGGACUCCAUCAUCAACAAAGACCCGCAGAUGAUCAUGUGCGUGGUGUCGAACAACAAGAACGAUCGCUACACGGCGAUCAAAAAGAAAUGCUGCGUUGAUCGGGCCAUUCCGACGCAGGUGAUGGUACAGAAGACGAUCACCCCGAAGAGUGGCAACGUGCGCACACUAAUGUCGGUCGCCACGAAAGUGGUCAUACAGAUGAACUGUAAGUUGGGUGGCGUCCCGUGGAAGGUAAAGAUUCCGCUCAACGGGCUGAUGACGAUCGGGUUCGACGUAUGCCAUGAUUCCAAGGAUAAAAGCAAAUCGUUCGGCGCCAUGGUGGCUACACUGGACCACGACAAUCGUGGCACACCAAAGUUCUUCUCGACCGUAAGCCACCACUCGAGUGGAGAGGAAAUUUCCAACUACCUCCCGCUAAACACGGUCAAGGCGUUGAACGAGUACCGGCGAGAGUUUGGCGAGCUUCCGAAGCGUAUCAUCUUCUACCGCGACGGUGUCAGUGAUGGUCAGCUGCAGUACAUCUACGAUCACGAGGUUCGCUCGCUGGUAGAAAAGCUUGGUCAAAUUUAUAAAUCCGCCGGCGUAGAACAGGAAGUGCUGCUUACAUUCUUCAUAGUUAACAAGCGUAUCAACACGCGGUUCUUCGACCAUCGACUCAAUCCGCGUCCUGGAACCGUGGUUGACAAUGUUGUAACCCUUCCACAACGCACCGAUUUCUACCUCGUAUCGCAAUCGGUCAAGCAGGGCACCGUUUCGCCAACGGCAUACAAUGUCAUCUACGAUACUUCCGGGCUGAAGAUCGAUCACCUGCAAAUGCUGUCGUACAAACAGUGCCACCUGUACUAUAAUUGGUCCGGUACGACGCGUGUUCCAGCCGUGUGCCAGUAUGCGCAUAAACUGUCGUUCCUAGUUGGCCAAUAUCUACACCAGUCGCCUAGUAAUAUGCUCGAGAAGAAACUAUUUUUCCUGUAGGUUCAUUGGACACAGAAGAGCCAUUUAUAAUUCAUGCAGCAAUAUUUCUCGCCAAGCAAUAGAAAUAUUUGACCAGGGAGGUACAACGUUUGUGCACAGCGUGCACAGGGUGUUGCAACGACGAGGAUUCUGCAACAAAUAUUAAUUUUCUUCCUUCUUUUUAUUAGUUUAAUUGACGCGCGUUUUCAUCAAAAUUUAUCAUUUUUUUAAACUACAAAUCGCCCAAUCGAGAUUACCUUGAAAUGAGACUAUUUUUCCAGUAGGAAUGAACUCUAGAUCGAACUGCAAUUGUAAGAUGAAACUAUCGGUGCAGUUUAGAACUAAUAUUAUAGAAGUAAUAUGAUUUUGCAAUGAUUACCAACUUUCUACCUUUCUUAAGUGUCGCGCGAUUUAUUUUUUUAGUUUUUGAUUCAUGAUUUAUGAAACGCUAGUUGAAAAGGUUUCUCGCGCAGUAAAAUGACUUUGUGAAAACAUAUUUUGUUUCAAUCAUAUCAAAUUAUUUUUUUACUUUACGAUAUACUUUCAUGCUCAAAUUGUGAACUAAAUUGAACAUAUUCCGUUUCAACGGUGCAGAGCUGGUCAAUGCUGGAAGUAUGAAGAAAUACAGCGAAUAAAUGUUCAGUUGGACUAUAUA